AUGUUCCUUUCAUCAUACGUAAUUGGGCAUAAAAUGCGUGAAGCCGGUGGAAAGGUCUACCUUUAUUCCUAUGCAAACCCUCGUCAUUCGGAACAUACUGACGAUCUCUCUUACAUUAUGGGAGUCCAUGAAUUCGAACAUGAUCCGAACGAAGCGGUAUUAGCUGUGAUUUACCCAAAAUUUUUUGUGGACUUCGCGAAGACCGGAAAACCAAGAAAAGGUUUGCUAACAUAGAG